AUGCCUCCGCGAAUAAACGUCCCGCCCGUCACCCGCAUCCUCCUCAUCGCCCUCGUCUUCCAGUCCGUCCUCAGCGCCGCCAUCCGCUACCGACAGUGGACCGGCCACGCCGACAUCCUCAUCCCCUACCUGACGCUGAUCCCCCAGCUCUCCCUCGCCUACCCCUGGACCCUGUUCACGACGACACUCAUCGAGGGCAACGUCUUCACCUUGGCCAUUGCCGCCGUCACGCUCUACCAUGGCGGCAGGUAUCUCGAGAGGGCGUGGUCGUCGGCCGAGCUGGCAAAGUUUCUGGUCCUCGUCUCCCUGGUACCCAAUCUCCUGACGUUUUGCGUCAUGCUCCUCUUCUUUACCUUGACGCGCAACGAGAGCUGGACUCUGGCCACCAUCUCGGGUACCGUCUCCCUUCAAGUCUCCUUCCUCGUCGCCUUUAGCCAGCUCGUCCCGGCCCAUACCGUCACGCUUUUCCGCGGCAUUCUCUCCUUGAGGGUCCCACGCUUCCCGCUGCUCUACAUCGGCAUCGUGACCGUCUUGUCCCUGACUCCCUUGCUGUCGAGGGCUGCUUUCUGGCUCGCCUUGUUCGGCUUCCUCACGAGCUGGACCUAUCUACGAUUCUACAAGUCCGUCUUCCCCGAUCUCGACUCGUCGCAGCCCGCGUCGCUGCGCGGCGACGCCAGCGAGACGUUUGCAUUCGCCGAGUUCUUCCCCGGCCCAGUCAAGCCCGUCGUGGCCGCUUUCGCCGACCAGAUUUUCGAUGUCCUGGUCGCCAUGCAUCUCUGCACACCGUUCUCGCAGGCCGAUAUGUCGGCGGCUCGCGGCGAUAGGUUCUCGCAGCGGAGCACGCCGGGAAGCGCUCGCGCAGAGGCUGAGAGGAGGAGGGCAAUCGCACUCAAGGCGCUCGACCAAAGGCUUAGCGCCGCCACGGCCGGCGCCACGUCUAGUUCACCCCCGCAACCCCCUGCUCGGCCGACCGGGCCAACGCCUGAAACCGUGCUUGGAGAGACCAAAUUUGGGCCGGACCACGAGAAGCAGGCGGGCAAGAGCUAA